ACACUGAUUGUCACCGCCUCUACCAUUUUCAUUCUCUUCUUCCUUCAAAUACUAAUAUUAAGAGCUAUUAUUCUCACUUACAUUCAUUUAGUUGAAGUAAAAAUGGCCCCAACAAUGUCUACUGACUCCUUUAAUCUUACUGAUUUUGUGAUUAACAAAGGAAAUGGAGUGAAGGGUCUUUCAGAUUUGGGUCUCAAAAGCCUUCCAAAGCAAUAUAUUCAACCCCAAGAAGCGUUGAUUAAUAUUAUACCUCAUGAAUCAAUUCCUGUUAUUGACAUGUCCAAUUGGGAUAGUGACCCUAAAGUUGCUGAGUCCAUUUGUGAUGCUGCAGAGAAGUAUGGGUUCUUCCAAUUGGUUAACCAUGGAGUCCCACUUGAGGUUCUUGAUGGUGUUAAGGAUGCGACACAUCGUUUCUUUCACAUUAAAUUACAAAAACAUCGGCUUUACUUCGAUGUUAUGUCAAUUAAGAACAGUGUAGUCUUCAGGAAAGCUCACGAUUGGCAAAGAGCACUUGAAUGGAAAGAUUAUCUUAGCCUUUUUUAUGUCUCUGAAGAUGAAGCUUCUGCUUUGUGGCCUUCUGCUUGCAAGGAUGAAUGCUUGGAAUACAUGAAAAGAUCAGAAAUCCUCUGCAAGAAGCUAAUGGGUGCUUUAAUGGAGAGAUUGAACGUGAAAGAAAUAGACGAAAAGAAAGAAUCUUUACUAAUGGGUUCGAAAAGAAUUAACCUAAACUACUAUCCAAGAUGUCCAAAUCCUAAUCUCACAAUAGGCGUAGGUCGCCAUUCUGAUGUCUCUGCCCUGACUUUUCUUCUGCAAGACGAAAUCGGGGGGCUUUACGUUAGAGUAAACGAAGGAAAAGGAGAAGAAGAUGGAUGGGUUCAUGUUCCUCCUAUUGAAGGCUCACUUGUUAUCAAUGUAGGAGAUGCACUGCAGAUAUUAAGCAACGGUCGAUAUAAGAGUAUAGAGCACUGUGUGAUUGCUAGCGGAAGCAAAAACAGAAUCUCAAUUCCGAUUUUUGUUAAUCCAAAGCCGAGUGAUGUGAUCGGUCCUUUGCCUGAAGUUCUUGCAAGUGGAGAGAAGCCUAAAUACAAAAACAUCCUUUAUUCUGAUUAUGUCAAACAUUUCUUCAGGAAAGCUCACGAUGGCAAGAAGACCGUUGGAUUUGCUGAGAUAUGAUCAUCUGUGGUGUAAUAAUUCAAUUGAAUUUCAUUAUUCUUCAUUAAACAAACCAAAAGAUGUAACAAAUACACAAUUAUCUACUUAAUUUAAAUCUUCCUUUUCAA